GUCGCAUCCUCGCAACCCAUUAUUCCUGAGUGGACUGACGCGGGUAGUAGAUGUAGCUGCAGUAAAUCAAGAAGAAUCUGGAACAUCGCAGUCAAUUGGUGUAAAUCAAGAUCACCGAUCAUCUUCUUCAACAUCGGGAAUAUCACAAACUAGAAGUAGUGAAACCUGCUACGUGGAAUCCGUCCGAGCUUGUGUUUUGCCGAGUAAAU